ACACUCAGUUCCCCUUCCUUCCUGUGUCGUGAUAACAUCUGUUCACCCGAGAGCUGGUGGAGACCUCAGCUCUCAAAGUUGCAAAGCCGAGGCUGCCGUGGACGCUUUCUUGAGAUCUGACAAGCCCAAGGUGUUGUCAACAUGAGGCCAGCUCGAUUCCCGAUCGGAAUGAUUUUCAGCAUUUGUAUAAUUUGGAACAUUCCUGGAUGUCAUUCCAAGGGAAGAUCAAAUAAUCAGGAUAACGACAUUGAUAUUUGUGCUGAAAAACAUAUUUGCGAUGACUAUGCUGUAUGUCGACGGGUGCCAGCUCAUUACGUCUGUGCCUGUGGUGGAAACAAAAAAUCUGUGAAACCAAAACCCUGCCUAGAUGGCUGUGAUAAAAAAUACACUUGUGGAAACACCACUGGAUGUGAUUUGAGGAUAAUUGGUCACGUCUGCAUCUGUAAGGGAAAUGAAAAACUUGGAAAUACACAAGACUGCAUAAGACCACCUUGCCCUUCAGAACAGAUGCAUAUUAAAGAUCAUAAGUGUGAUAAGGGUGAUGACAAUCAAAAUGAAGAAACGGCCAAUUAUCCCUACUGUUUCAUCCUAACAUUGGCCUCUGGCAUCAAUAAGAAUUGUCAAAAUUAUAGCAACAGUGAUAGUCAAACUUCACUGCUGAACAUCGCAGAGUUUGUUAGCAACAUGAGCCACGGGGAGUCCAAAUGGUUCGACAUGAACAGCAAUCAGAGACUCAAGACCAUGACGCUACUCCUCAGCUCGCUCGAGAGCACUGUCAUGUUGACCGCGAUGCAGUUGAACACCACUGACUACAACCUGACAGCAACGAACAUAGAUGUCCAAAUUCAGAUUCUUCAGACCAUUGACGGAGCCACGACCUUAUCAGAUGAUGAGAAUAAGAUGGAAUUUCACUGGAAAAAAUACAGUCACGAAUUUGCAGCUGUUUCCUUCAUCACUUGCAGCAAAAUGGAAAUGCUUAUGGGAGACAGCAGUUUGGAAAUGAACAGUAAAAAGUACGGGACUGAAUAUUUGUGGCUGAACUCGAAGGUGCUAAUCGCCACGGUUACCAGCUCCAAGCAAACCCAACAAAACACCACUUUCACUAUCAAGAACAAAAUGGUCGAUGAGGUGGAUGAUUACACUGUCUGUGUGUACUGGAACACCCACAUCAAUGCCUGGUCCACCAGUGGCUGUUUCAAAUUGUCAUCGAAUCAGUCGUACACUGUCUGUCGCUGCACCCACUUCAGCAGCUUUGCCGUGCUGGUCGCUCUCUACAAGGUGGAGGGUCCUGCUCUAACCACCAUCACCUACAUCGGGAUCAUUACCUCACUGGUGUGCCUCACCAUCGCUAUCGUCACCUUCACGAUGUGCCGAGCGAUCCACAGCACACGCACCACCAUCCACACCCACCUGUGCCUGUGUCUGCUUGUGGCUCAACUGCUCUUCCUCGUUGGGAUCUCAGCAACUACCAACAAGGCUGUGUGCGCGGCCAUUGCUGGAAUCCUUCAUUACCUCUUCCUGGCAUGUUUUCUGUGGAUGCUUCUGGAAGGCAUCCAGCUUUACCUGAUGGUGGUCAAGGUUUUCUGGGUCCAGAGUCUCCGAGGGAAAUACACUCAGCCGAUCGCCUAUGGCAUCCCGGCUCUGAUCGUCAUUAUCUCAGCAGCAGCUAACCCAAGCGGGUACGGCACCAGAGAAUAUUGUUGGCUGUCGAUGGAAAAAGGGUUUCGAUGGAGCUUUGUGGGUCCCCUGUGUGCAAUCUGUUUGCCCUAA